AUGGAUGAAGCCGACAGUCCUCCAGUCAUAAAAAUUCCAAUCGUCCAUAAAGAUGCAGGUAUAGCUACUAGUUGGGUAAAUAGUAACAAAAUUGGUAUAUACACGUGCAAAAAUUUGCACGAGAGUUAUCAUGGAAAGUACGACUCGUCUGUGCAUAUUUUAAAACCCGAAGUAAUCCUAUUUUCACCUCAAUUGCGUAAACUUGUGAACGAAAGCAACGGUGUCUUCUUGUCCAUACAAAAAAUUAGAUCGAGCUCUGGCGAUGUCAGACCGGAGCUUUUAAAACACAGUAAACAAUAUCGAUCUAUUUUGCGAGCAUGUAUAGAAAGUUUACAGGAUAUAUCUGGAAAAGCUUUGUCCGAUAAAAGAGAAUCGUUGGAAAAUUUUCUCACUAUUUUUUACCAAAUCGAAUGCGUGUGGCAUCUGACUGAAAUUCUUUAUAUAGAUGUAGUACCAGGCGACGUAAUAUUGCCGCAGUUACUCGAAUGGAUUAAAUUUCAUUUUCCAUCCAGAGAACUUAUGGCAAUGAAAAUAUUAGCCCAGAAAACAAUUGGUGCUGAUUUGGAACAUGCAAAUUAUUGGGAAGCGGUGAAAGGCUGCACGUUGCACGGAAAGCUAGAUUUGGUGCGAGCUCUUCUGGCGUUGCACAGUAAAGCGGAUCAUCCUGCUUUCAUGAUGUCAGAGAAUGCCCUUAAAACAAUGCCAGUCUACAAUGCAUACGGCGGUUAUUCUGUGAAUGAAUUUACAAUCCGCUGGAAACAUUGGCAGUUAGAAUUAAGUUCAAAUAUAAACAACAAAACUUUUGUCAUCGAUACAGAAUUAGAAACAAUUAUGAAGUUAAUUGCAGGAGACCAAGAAAUACUCUGGCAAUGUAUAUCUUACACAGACGCUUGGUACGAAUUGUUGGCAGCAAAAUUAUUUUAUACGUCCCCGUGUUGCAAACAACCUGAACUUUCGCAUCAGGCAAACAGUAUUUCCAAAAGAUGGCAAGCCAACAGACCUUCCGAUAAUGCUAUUCUCGCUUUGAUGGAAAGCGAUUUACAUCAAGUUAUUAAAGAAAUACAGUACAUGGGCGACAAUGGAUGGUUCGCGACGCAUUUAGUGAAUUUACUUUACACUUGCGGAAGACUUAAAAUUUUGGAUAAAGAUCAGAUCGAAGUCACUAAUCAACUUCACGAGUCCCUCAUAUUGGAAUAUGGCAACGCAUUGAUGGGACAUCAUUCUUUGUGGCAAUGCGGUGCAAGUUAUUUGAUACACAGCCCGAUUCAAGGUCUAGCUAGACUCGAGAUACUGUUACAAUCAUUACCAACGGGAUCUGAAGCGAGAAUAAACAAGAUAAUAGACAUAGCACGAGACAAUGAAAUGGACCAUAUUGUUACGAGCAUAUGUAAAAUUCAAGGUGUAAAAUGCAUAAAACAAGGAAGACUCGGAAACGCGCUCGCGUGGGCGUUAAAAGCGCAAGACAGUGGUUUCAUAACGUACAUCGCCGAUCAGUUUCUGAAGCAAUAUUCGGAAAAUGGAAAACUGGAAUGCCGCGAUUUGUUGGAAAAUUUAGGUUUCUGUAUGAUGGCAAGCGACAGACUCACAUUUUUAGGAAAAUAUUGUGAAUUUCAUCAGAUGUACGGGAUUGGAGAAUUUAAAGAAGCAGCAAGUUUAUUAGUAUCUCUUUUAGUGUCGAACUUGACUCCAAAAUAUUUCUGGUCGAUUCUUUUGUCGGAUGCUAUUCCAUUGUUGGAAGCAAAAGAUGUAAUACUGUCUUCCAGUGAUUGUUUUGAAUUGUUACGUUGCGUGGAAGCGCACGGAGACGACUCGAAGUUUCAAAAUGAAAUCGAAAUCUUUCGAUUGGCGGUCGCUAGAAACUUGGCUCGUGCAUUGAGUCUCGAAGGCUGCCAAGCGGAACAUUAGAA